AUCCACCAGGGGCCGCGGACCCUCUGUUGAAGACCUCUGCAUGUUCUGCUGCUUGUAUGGUGCAUUUAGGGGCCCUCAAAUUGUCCAGAUACGUAAUACAAUCAUUUUCGAUGAUGAUUUAACAGUGUGUACUGUUUUUCACUCUCUGCUGAACCGACAUAAACUUUUUUUCACGUCUGUUAAGUUUGUAAUGCACACCACGUGUGUCACAAUAACUUAUAGCUGACAACUCUAUUAUUCUAACGAUUCCGAGGAUGAAACUAUUCAUCAAAGGAAUAUACAUUGCACAUUGAAUGUGAAUUUAAUUUGAAACCGGGUGCUCUUAGGAUGUUUUUAAGCUAAGAGAUCAAAUAAUAAAACAUUUUCGACAUUGAAUGCAGCGUCGAGUAGCAUAACUAAGAUGACUGAUCCUGUCAGUGGUCUUUGAAAGCCGCAUCGGACUCGGAACGGUUUUCGUUAUUGACAAAGUGGCAGACUUGAGAGUUGCUACUAUUCGAUGCAGGAUGGUCUGAACUUCAGCGAAGACUUUGAUCGAUACAAUUCUAAUUGUAUAAACACCUCGUAUAUGCAAGUCUAGCCUGAAACCGGAAUACAGUGUGUGAACGCAACUUUUUAUUUUACCUGUUGAUUCAGUCCCCGUUAUUAUUUUAUUUUUUUAUGUGAGUGACCGGUGUGACCGUGAGAGCCACGCUGACAUGGCUGAGGUACCGCCUCCGCAGCCGGUCGAAAUAGACCCCGAAUUCGAGCCUCUCUCCCGCCCGCGGUCCUGCACCUGGCCGCUGCCCCGGCCCGAGCUCAACGACCCGGCCGGCUCCGGCACUUCGUCCCCGGCUCCGCCGGCACAGCCGGAGCCGGGAGGGAACCCCGAGUUCACCGGUAACCUCGGCUUGUUAGAGGAGGACUACGAAGAGUCUGCGGAGCAGAAACCUCCUCUGCCAUGCAGUGAUUUCCAGUGCAAGGAUGGAAACGGUCUGCACCCACAUCAUCAUCAGCACCACCACCGCCAGCAUCAACACCACCACCACCUCCAUCAGCCCCUGCAGCAGCAGCAGCAGCAGCAGCUCCCCGGGCCGCCUCAGCAACAGGUGCCUCCUCCGGGUGUCGCACCGCUGGGCAGCUCCGGCCAGAGGAAGAGCAGCUCGUCCCGUCGUAACGCGUGGGGGAACAUGUCGUACGCCGACCUGAUCACCAAGGCCAUAGACAGCUCGCCCGAGAAGAGACUGACGCUGUCUCAGAUUUACGACUGGAUGGUGAAGAACGUGCCCUACUUCAAGGAUAAAGGAGACAGUAACAGCUCCGCGGGCUGGAAGAACUCCAUCAGACACAACCUCUCCCUGCACAGCCGCUUUGUGCGCAUACAAAACGAGGGAACGGGAAAAAGCUCCUGGUGGAUGCUGAACCCGGAGGGGGGAAAGAGCGGGAAGUCGCCUCGACGCAGAGCUGCUUCCAUGGACAACAACAGUAAGUUCGCCAAGAGCAGAGGAAGGGCCACAAAGAAAAAGAUGUCUCUACAGGAAGCAGCUGAGGGAGGAGCGGGCAGCCCCAGUUCCCAGUACUCCAACUGGCUGGGAAGCCCAAACUCCCACAGCACCGAGGACUUUGAAGCCUGGAGCUCCUUUAGAACGCGCACCAGCUCUGACGCCAGCACCCUGAGCGGCUGCCAUUCACCUUUUCCCCCCGAGCAGGAUGACCUAGGGGAGCCGGACGGCCACAUGAUUUAUCCCGGAGCAGCCGGGAGCAAGAUAACCACCACGCUGCCCAGCCUGUCCGAGGUGGCCGGGUCCAUGGGUCAACACGGCUCAGAGAGUGUCAUGGAGAGUCUGCUGGAUAAUCUGAGCGUGCUGUCUCCUAAAACGCAGCUGGGCUCUGACACCUCACAUCCGUUAAAUGCUGCCAUGCUUCAGAGUAGCCCCUACAGCUCCACCGGCUUGACCCCGCACCAUCAGAAGGACUACCGUAAGUGCAUGUACAACCAGCUGAGGAUUAACCCCCAGUCCCCUGCUCCCAUGCAGACGUUUCCAGAGACUAAGUCGGGCUUUAGGGCUUACGAGAACCAGUAUAUUUGUCCCGCUGGCCUCCUCAAGGAGCUGCUGACCUCAGACGGGGUGGCCAGUAGGGGUACGCAGGUCUCUCCGCUGGGGAUGGGAGGUUGUCUAAUGCCCAAUUACGGCCGCCCGAGCCACAUGGGGGGCCAUAAUGGAGCAAAAAUGAUGAGUCCUCCCCAAAGUCACUUAGUUCCUCAUGUAAAUCCACAAGAUGUACACAGCCAGGGUCCUUCGACCUUACACGAUUUGAAUGGCCGCAACAUGAUCCCGCUGACUUGCCUGACUAGUCUAGGAGGAAGAGGAGGAGGUGCCCCUCCUAGAAUGGCGAGCCUGAGGACAUGCGUGCAGUUGCCCCGUGGACACCCACUUCACAAUAACGUUGUUUCGGCAAGCUACGGCAGCAACAGCGGUUACAGGGAACUCAACUUGAUUUACCCGAAUGGUCAUCACCAGGAGCGGCUGCCCAGUGACCUGGACAACGUGUCCAUUGAGAGGUUUGAAUGUGACAUGGAGACCGUGCUCCAUGACACCCUCAUGGAUGGCGGCGCACUGGACUUUAACUUUGAGCCCACAGCUGGGCCUCAUGGUUUUCCUCAGAGGGUGAAGACCACCCCACAUAGCUGGGUGUCAGGCUAGGACAAGUAGUGGGUUUUCCGCAGCGUCCGGCCGCCGCUCACCUUCAUUCAGAGCCUUUGAAAUGUAAAUCAGCCACAGCCUUCACUGUCUCCAGAGCAUUUAGCAGAAACUCAUGUUCUUGAGUUGCACAUCUAUGUAUAACAACGCAUAAUAUUAAUUGAUACAUAAUAUAGUAAGUGGAUCUAAGAGUAAACAAACUCUUAGAUCCAGAUAACUGCAUGGAACACAAGCUCUGCAGAAAGAAUAGAAUGAGAAACAAGGCGUCGCAAAGUAGCUUUGUUUACAAGUACCUGUCCAAAACUGGAAGCAUGUAUAUAUUGUUAUUUUUGCUGAUUUGUGUAUAUACAUUACAUUAUAUUACAUAAGACAGAACAGAGAAUCGGAGCGCUAAACAAAAUUAAUUUCUCAAACAUAGCAGGAUACAUUGAGUUUAUAUGAAUAGCUUGUAUAUAGGCUGAUCGUGGAUUCUUUAAGGGUUAAAGGAAAAGCCCAUAUUGGAAAAUUAAUUUAAUCAUUCGGUUGGAAUAUUAGAUAAACCAGCUUAUCAUUUGCAUAUUCCUGCAUAUCAUCUUUAUUAUCUCCGAGUGUGUGCCUGUGUCUGGCUGUCCAAGGAUGAUCCAGUAUACUACCUGGCCCAUCAGUCUAAACCUUUUGGUUAUUGACUGUUUUAUACAGUGUUUAUUGACUGCUGACCCUCACUCUUACCCAGUCGAUAGGGGGCACAAGUCAUCAACAACUGCUUCAGUGGCUACAACAUUUAAAAUUUGCCAUUCAUAUGUAUGAAGACAUGUAUUUGUGUUUUACUUCAUAUUUGUAUUCAUGCCCUGUACUUUCUAUCUUGUACAAAAAUGUGUGCCUCUGCUGUGUAUAAUGCGCACACCGUGUUCCAUGAUAUGCUCCAUUAUUUUGUGACUUCAAAUGAAUGUUGAAGAAGUAAAAUAAAGAUUCAUUAGAGAUAUCGCUCUCUGAAAACAGUUCACUGAAACUCCAUAUCAAUCGCAAUUAUUUAAGAUGAAUACAAUGUUAUUGUUACGUUAAUAGUGUUUACAUGGAAUAUUCACGAGAAAACGUGGCUGUCGAGAAGUCUCCUCAAUAUCGUAAUUCGUAAUUUACGUCUUACCCUUGAAAUGAUGAACAACUGACAGAGAAGCAUGGUGAUCAAGUUGAAAUCCUACUUGUUUUUUUGCUACAUUCAGAAAAAGGGAUAUUUUGUAGAACUUUUGAGAUGUUCCCCUCACAAAAGAUGUAUGAUACGGCGGCAGUAAUAGAUUCUAGAGUCUAAACUGAAUGGAAAUAGAUGAUGGCCUUCAACGAUUAGCUGACACAGCACACAGUUUAAUGCUGUUUAACUUCCAGCAGCUACAGCUAUUAUGCACCAAGGAGUUUGUACUCUACCACACACAUCACAACUCCCUGUGCCUACACAGUCUCCCAGACUUAUAAUGCUGUACACAUCAUUUGCCUUUGUAGUCGAUUUUUUUAAAUGAGGGAUUCAAAUUACUUUUCAGUAUUGUAUUAGUAAGUAUUAUGAUUGCGUUAGCAAUGGUUGUUUACAUAUCUAAGUCCAAACCAUAUCAAUAAAUAUAUGAACACUCAUACCUCAAAAUAUUUUACCUCUGAAGUGUUGAAAUGAUUCUUCUCAGUAAGUAUUUUAUUGAAUUUCUCCUUUUUUGAAAAUAUUUUUGUUUCAUUUGAAUGGAUUUGACUUUGACGCAUUUGGACCUGUUCAGGGUAAUGCAACGUAUGUGUUUGGAUUUGUUUAAUGUAUUGGAGGGUUAUAGCCAUUUGUUUCUAGUAAA